AUGGACGGCACGGGCGAAGCUCCUCUUCACUUACGGGCACAUAGGCUUUAUAAGAACCCCCGUUCAGUGUGCACAGAAAACUGUAAAUCAGGAUUCAGAAAAUCUGUUCGGAAAGGAGAACCUGUCUGUUGCUAUGACUGUGUCCCUUGUUCAGCAGGAGAGAUCUCAAACAUGACUGAUGCUAAAAGUUGUUUAACUUGUCCUCAAGAUGAAUGGCCUAAUGAAAGGAGUGAUAGAUGUGUUCCAAGAAUUAUCAGUUUCCUCUCUGUCAAUGAGCCCUUGGGAAUAACACUGGUAACUUGCAGUGGUGUUUUCUUCAUCAUGACCACCAUAGUACUGGGAAUAUUUACAAAGCACAGGGACACUCCAAUAGUCAAAGCCAGUAACAGAGAUCUCAGUUAUAUUCUACUCAUCUCUAUUAUGCUCUCCUUCCUCUGCACCUUGAUUUUUACUGGCAAACCAACAGCCUUGAGCUGCCUCCUCAGACAAGUUACUUUCUGUGUUAUUUUCACUGUGUCUGUCUCCACCACUCUGGCCAAGAACAUUGCUGUUUUAGUGGCAUUCAGAGCCACCAAACCUGAAAGCAAGUUAAGAUUGUGGCCAAAGCUCCUACUACCUAAAGCUAUUAUCCUCCUGAGCUGUGUGAGCCAAGUUUUAAUUUGCAGCUUGUGGUUGAGUCAGUCUCCUCCUUUCCCGGACAGAGAUACGCAGACUGAAAUUGGAAAGACUAUAUUACAAUGCAAUGAAGGGUCAACCACAGCAUUCUACACUGCCCUUGGAUACAUUGGAGUCCUAGCUGUCUGUAGCUUUGUACUGGCCUUCUUAAUUAGAAAUCUGCCUGAUCAGUUUAAUGAAGCUCAACACAUAACAUUCAGCAUGUUAGUCUUCUGCAGUGUCUGGGUCACCUUCAUUCCAGUCUAUUUGAGGACCAAAGGUAAAUACACAGUGGCUGUGGAGAUAUUUGCCAUCCUGACCUCUAGUGCAGGUCUCCUGGCCUGCAUAUUUAUUCCCAAAUGCUACACAAUAAUUCUACGGCCAGAGUUGAAUAUUCGAGGAAAAAUACAAGUUAGAUGCAGCAAUUAG